AGUGCAGACAUUGGCCCCUGGGUGUGGCGCCGCAGCUGACGGAUGUACAGGAUGUAGCGGUUUCAGGUGCUCACUUGUGCCUGGGACAUGGCGAGAGGAGGGUCUGAGGGUUGCAGUUAAUCGGGCUGUACUGCCCGCAGCUGUGCUGCAGGACCGCUCCAGGAUGACUGACAUCAAAGGACUGGAGAGCUUGGUGGAGAACACAGCCUACGUGCAGGCUCAGCAGAUGGACCGCAACACGCUGAGGGACCAGAGACGGCCGCUGUCUCUGCCCAGACCGAAGAGGCCCACUGAGCUGCGGGAAGAGGUGGGGACCAACUAUCUGUCCCUGUGCGAGCAACAGCCGAUCGGUAAGAAGCUGUUCCAGCAGUUUCUUCAGAGCUCCAGCCCACAGUGCCAGGCUGCUGCCGAGUUUCUGGAGGAGCUGAACGACUGGCACUUUGCUGAGGAUGAACCCAAGACCAAGGCCAAGCAGAAGUUCCUGUCCAAGUUCUUCCAUCCUGACUCCAGGAGCUUUCUGUCCUUUCUUACCGGAGACGUGGUGGAAAUGUGCAAGGGCUUGUCAAGCAAAAACUUUGACCAGGGGAUACUGAACAAGACCAGGGAAGCCACGACAGAUUUCCUGAGGGAGGCGCCCUUCACCGAGUACCAGAAAAGCCCAUUCUUCUACAGGUUCCUGCAGUGGAAGGAGUAUGAGAAACAGAGAAUAAACCACAUGCACUUCUAUGAGUAUCGGACAAUUGGAAAAGGCGGCUUUGGCGAGGUGCGGGUCACAAACUCUACAUCAUUUUGCUUUUAUCUCUUAAUGCUAUUGACUUGCACUGUGUUGCAGGUGUGUGUGGUGCAAGCCAAACACAGCGGGCAGAUGUACGCCUGCAAGAAACUGGACAAGAAACGACUGAAGAAAAAAGGCGGGGAGAAAUUGGCCAUGAUGGAGAAGCAGAUCCUGGAGAAGGUCAACAGUAUCUUUAUUGUGAACCUGGCCUAUGCUUUCGACGACAAAACCCACCUGUGCCUCAUCAUGGACCUGAUGAAUGGGGGAGAUCUGGGGUUUCACAUCUAUGACCUCGGGACGCGGGGCCUCUGUAUGGAGCGGGUAGUUUACUACACGGCCCAGAUCGCCACCGGCAUUCUCCACCUGCACUCUCUGAACAUUAUUUAUCGGGAUAUGAAGCCGGAGAACGUGCUGCUGGACAGCAGAGGUCACUGCCGACUGUCGGAUCUUGGAUUAGCUGUUGAGCUAUCGAAUGGCAAAACUAUCUGCCAAAAGGCUGGAACCACCGGCUACAUGGCACCUGAGAUCCUGCGGCAGGUGUUCUACAGCACCUCCGUCGACUGGUGGUCUUUGGGCUGCAGCGUUUAUGAAAUGGUGGCCGCUCGCCUUCCAUUUAAAGACUUCAGAGAGAAGGUGCAAAAUGAGGAGGUGACCCGACGCACCCUGGAGGAUGAGGUCAAGUUCACCCACAGAAAGUUUGAUGCCGCGACCAAAGACCUCAUCGGUGGGCUUCUUAAGAAAAAGCCAAAGCUGCGUCUCGGCUGCUGCGGCGACGACCCACGCAAGCACCAUUUCUUUAAGAACAUCAACCUGAACCGGCUGGAAGCGGGGCUGCUGCAGGCCCCCUGGUCGCCAAAGGCUCACGUGGUGUAUGCUAAGAACACACACGAGUUAAGGGAAAGCUCUCAGGUCCAGGACGUGAAGCUCAAUGACAAGGACGAGCAGUUCUACAAGGAGUUCAGCACCGGGGCCGUUCCCAUUCGCUGGCAGCGUGAGAUGAUCGAGAACGGCGUGUUUGACCAGCUAAAUGACUCUCAACUCAUCGGGCCUCACGAAACUGUAUGGGACUCAAAGGCGUGCGUCAUUUUGUAAGCAGUUUAAUGUGAGAAAUGAAGCCAAACAACAACACACCUCACUCUAAUACUUGUGAUGUGGAAGUGCCAAGCUGAAGCGCAGUCCGUCGCAUCCGUUCUUUAAGUGCGAUUAUAAAGUGUCGACGCUGCGCUAAAACGUACCACAACUAAACAUCUGGCUCAGACAAAUGAUGCUGACGUUGUGCUUCAGUUCCUGUUUCACUCUCUCAUUGGUGUAAUGUAGACCCCUGAGCUGUGUUUCCAUGACAUCAUCGGGGAAUUUAGCUGGCCAAGUGUUUACAUGUGUGUGAACCAGCGACACAAAGACAAUCGUUUUGCAACAAGUACCACAGCUUGAAACAGUCUGUGCCUCAGUUACACGUCAUAAAACCGAGUUACCUGAAUGAAAACAUCUCCAGAAAAAAAACAGGAAAGGCAAAAUCAGUAAUCUACAUGAAUCAUGACAGUAGCCUUCUUAAAUACUCUGAAAAAUAAAAGUAUUUCCGUCGCAUUAAACCAGCGUCACCCCAGAAUGUGGCACCAAAAAGUGAACUCUUGAAACGAUGAGCGCGUCUGCAGUAACCAACUUUCACCACUAGAUGCCACCAAGUAAACAUGAAACGCUAUUUAGUUUGUCACCGCAGAAGCGUUUUCCUUUUAUUAUCUUGACUGUGCUGCCGUGGUAUUUACUGGUCUAUAAGGACUCGUUUAGCCUUAAUAAGCAGGUACAGGAUGACAAAUUAUUCUGCUCCGUGUUUAAAUAAGCCAUUUUUGCCUAUUCAAAAAUCAUUCCACCGCCCUCCGUAACUUAUAUCAGUGUUUUAUAACAUAAAAACAACAACUAACACAUCAUUAAAUACUAACAUCUUAGCAACUGCUCAAAACACAGCAACAUUAAAUAGGAUGGAAACAGACAGUGGUGGGAAGGUCAGAGCGGCAUUAUGUUUCACAUCCAUUGUGCCAUUUUUUUCGUUGUUGCUUAAAGUAAAUGUCUCAACUGUCUUGCUAUGUUGUAUUACAUUAAAACACUUGUAAUUCC